AUGUUGCCCAUGACCCUGGGGGCCAACAUCGGGACUACCUUUACGUCCAUGCUUGCUGCCUUGGCCGUUAUGAAACCAGACAGCUUGCAGAUCGCCUUCGUCCAUCUCUUCUUCAACAUUGUUGGUAUCCUGAUUUGGUUCCCAGCGCCAAUCAUGCGCAAGGUGCCUCUCAAAGCAGCCUGCCUGCUUGGUUUCUAUGCUUCCUACUGGCGCCUCGUGCCGCUAAUCUACAUCCUGGUGAUGUUCCUUGCUGUGCCAGGAGUUUGCCUGUCCAUCUCCUUGCUGUAUGGGGCAAGCGUAGCGGGUGGCGUGAUCGUCACGCUUCUGGCCCUUGGUGCUUUGGGUGGCUUCAUUGCUUGGUGGUGGAGGGGAGGCUGCUACAAGGUGGUUUCCAAGGAGCUGCGUGACGAGCGUGCUGCCGAGCUGGCUGAAGAGAUGGGCGACUGGAUAAGGUUUUGGGGCCUUGGGCUUAGAGUUCCAAGGUUUAGGGUUUAG